GUUAAAAGCUAAACUUAAUGCAUUCGUCAAAUGUCCGUAAAACAACAAUACAGCAAGUAACUACUGAUGCAGGGUCUUUGAAUGGCUACACUUUUGACACCGAAACGAAUUUCCUGCAGAGAAAAUCAGGAUGUGGGAUUAGAGGAAGGAUCAUUGUCGCAUUACAAGCGGGUGGACUAAAUCGAUAUUCAUCCGCGGCGCCUAAUCACCAUGAAAAAUAUGUGCUGAAUACCGAUUUGGCUAUCUGUGAUAAGACAUGGAUACUAUGGGUGUAAUAUGUAUCGCCGAAUCCAUGACAACACUCUAUCCAACAUCUUAAAUAAUCGGUUUUGUCAUGUGAAAGUGUCAAAAAUAUAAAAAUAUGCUACGUUUAAUUUAAAGUGAUUGACAAAAUCAAAGAACCACUAAGUUGAACAUUUAUGUUUCCUUUUAACGCUUUAAACAGCGGGAAAUGGAAUUACAAGUUAAUGGGUCGACGGCGUGUCACAUUUUUGAACUCUCUCAUUCAAUGCAAUAACUGCAAGAGGUGUUUUGUGAAAUCUGUUUUGAAAUCAUAACAAUUAUAUUAUGCAUCUCUGUUCUGCAUAACAGAACUGACAAAUGAAACUUCAGUACCACGGGGAAAUGUAAUUUGUUUUGUGGGAUCAAUUUCAAGUCAGAUAGUCAUGUUUGUUAUGAAAUUUCGUGUAAUCAUUGAUAACGUGAAUUAUAUCGACCCUCCAUUUAUUCGAAAAAGUUUAGGACAAUCAGUUUAAAAGUUCUCGUGUGACAACAAUUAGGUAAUCGAUGGCGAAGAUAUGUGAUAUCUGAUCUAUUUGCCUCAGUUGUUUUACCAUGGAGAAUUGUUCGGCAGGAGCGGAGGGAGUUUCGUUCUACGACUUGAGCCCGGGGAUGAUUGUUGCUUGUAUAGCUCUGGGGUUAAUCAAUCUCAUCGUGCUCCUUGGUAACAGCUUGGUUAUUACAGCUGUAGUCCGGAACCGGAAGUUGCGCACUAUCACAAAUAUAUAUAUAGUGUCUUUGGCAUGCGCAGAUAUGCUUCUCGCAAUUUUUGUACUUCCAUUUUCUGCAGCUUUGGAAGUUUUGCACUUUUGGCCAUUUGGAAAACCAUUUUGUUCCAUGUGGCUAGCUAUCGAUGUCCUACUGUGUACUGCAUCCAUAUUGAAUUUGUGCGCUAUAAGCUUGGAUAGAUUUUUAGCGGUUACAAAACCUAUUCGAUAUCCUAGUCUUGUUUCCAAAAAGAGAGGGAAAAUCUUAGUGAUGUGUGUUUGGGUGUUGUCCUUCGUGAUUUCAUUCCCACCCUUGAUUGGCUGGAAUGACGAGAAUAAUGGAAUACAGAAACACAACAACUGGCUUAUAACAGAGCAGGAACGCGAUAAUUACACAAAGGGAGGUAAUUACUCUACUACAGGCAACUUAUACAACGAAAGGGCAAUUAAUGAAACAAUAUGUGUGAAGCUAUACCCUGAGUGUGAACUGACCCCCACCAAGGGUUAUAGAGUAUACGCCGCCCUCGGGUCUUUCUAUAUUCCAAUGUUUAUCAUGUCUUUUUUCUACUGUAGGAUAUACCGAGCUGCUAUACGUACCGCAGCGUCGCUCAGAACGGGAAUACUGAUGACCAAGCGUACGGACGAACAAACUAACAACAAGUGUCCAAAGAUGGACACGAUCGCGCUACGUGUCCAUCGUGGGGGUGGAUCCAUAUACCGGUCACCAUCCAACAUGUCAAGCCGAAGGACGUCAUAUCUCAUUUGUAGUAAGGAGGAAAGAUUAGCAAAUUGCAACAGCGAUAUAGAGCUUCUGCCGUUACGUAAUCGUCCCAUUUCUUGUAAUAACAAUAACAAAAGAUCCCUCACACAUAACCGCUCCGAUUCCGACUUAAGAAAUGGGACGUUCCGUCACCAACACAGGUGCACAACCGACCCUGCAAGUGACAGCUUGGCAGUCUAUCUAGGCACCUCAACCUCACCACGAACACAGUGUCCGGAAAGUCCCUAUCAAAAUCGGAAGCUGGUGGUUAGCAACCGGAACUUUGGUCCCUCAAACAGACGUCAUCGUUCUGUUCUCUUUAUCAACGAUGGACAACCUAAUCAAAAAAUUAACAUACGUAAAUUUCUAAGGGACACGAAGGCGGCAAAAACUGUCGCAAUUAUUGUCGGUGCUUUCCUUUUAUGUUGGUUUCCAUUUUUUACCAUUUAUUUGAUUGGAGCAUUUUGUUCCGACUGUGUUCCCGGUUUAGCGUUUUCAAUAUUUUUCUGGCUUGGAUAUUGUAAUUCAAUGAUAAAUCCAUUUAUCUACGCUUUAUUUUCAAGAGAUUUUAGAUGUGCUUUUAGAAGAAUUCUAUCUUGUAGGAGAGUUUCCCGAACCUUUUUAUUUCGGAGAGCGGACCAAUCUCCGUGUAACAAAAGAAUGCUUGGAGGCCCCGUUCUAGAAAGUGAAAGUUAUUCCGACUUUUGAUUGUCAUUUUACAUUUACAUGCGAUGGAUUAUUUCUCAACUUACUUUUUACAAUGAUUAGACGCUAAACGGACAUUUUCUUUGUUUGAACUAUCAGUCAGUGUGCAGUGCGCAUACUUGUAGUUGCAAUACCGCAGCAGCUAAAGUUAUUCGCUGAAUGCCUUCAUUAAAUUAAAAUAUAUUUAAAACACUUAACUAUAGAAUAAAAACAUAAAUCAUUCAGGUCGUCCGCUAGUCGUUUCUGCCUUCUAGAGCUUCUUCAUAUAUAUAUGUUAUAUUUCAUCAUUUGUGAUUGAUAUUCAAUAUCAAAUCAUAGUAUGUAGGUCUUUCUUAGGAUAUGAAUAAUUAUUGAGCAUGAAUUCGAACGGAUUUUCAAGGUCUUCAUAAAAUCAAUCACUUACAGUUUAUAUCAUAUUAAGCUAAUUCGAGUAGCAUGACUGUUCCUCGUGCUCAUUUAAAUAGUUUCUGAUUGAAUGAACAACUUUCUAGUAACGGUAGAUCAGAAAUAUUUUAAUGAGCAUGCGAACAUUGCUACCUAUAUGCCAUGAAAUAUAAACGACAUAAAUAGGAAGGUCAAACAAAUAGCAAGCGUGUAUUUUCGACAGAAGUCUUUCAACUUUUAAUCGAAGUUGGAUAUAUGUCUCAAAAGACAGAGAUGGUCGAUAUAUUUUUUGAUUAGAUUAUAUUUGUCCUAUUUUUCAAAGAUUGGCACUUUAGAUAUCUUGAUUACAUAUAAAUACUGUGAUAUGAUAAUGGUCCCGAUUACAGUGAAAUUUAAAAUGGCACGUCAAUGACAAAAGGUUUAUGUAGAUUUAACAUUCCUUCAUGGCCUUGACAAAGAGCUGUAGUUGUGCUGGUUGAUCGAAGAUUUAUUAUUUUGCCCUAACUAUGUUAACAUGUUAUUGUCUAAAGAUUAUAACUAUUAUUAUGUUUUGUUGGCGUUUAAUGUCCUCGCAAGGAGGUAUCUAGGGAUACACCGCCUUGAAAAAGAAAGUAGAUAGAAAAGAAAGAUUACAAGGAUGAUACAUGUUAGAAACGAAAAAGAUCCCAAGUAUUUCAAUGGGGGCAGCAGCUCAAUGUUUGUAUCUUCGUGUCCUAUUCGUAGAUUACACGGACGAAAAACUCAAAUUAUGUAAGGGGCCGAACACCAGUCGUCCUUUACCAUACACAUGCAGUGGAACACAGCAGGUCUUUUCUUGAUUUCUUCAAUGUUCCCAAUAUAGAAGACAAGGCUGAAACCGCCCCGUUUCUGCAGGGGGAUUAACAAAACUAUUCGAUAAAUGUUUGUACGAGGAUUUAACAUACUUGCUUCAGCUAAUGUCAGAUGUGAGGGCCCUUUGGACUUCUUUUUAUUUAUUUUUUAUUUUCUAAAAGUAACACAUAAUCGUAAAACUUUAUAGCUAUUUGUCAACAAAGAUUCAUGUUAUAAAAUGGGAUCGAAAUAUGAAGGAAUUCAGUUGUUUAUAUUUCUUUCAAGCAGUGAAAUAUUUUCGAACACUGGGUGGAACCAGUCUUAAAACGUCAUAAGAAUAUAUCAUGCGACGUUAAAUUUUAUACAGUAGCGUGCGUCUGGAAAUCACAAAUUUAAUAUCGUAAUUAAUCUAUCAACAUUCCACUGUCGGAUAUCAAAAACACAGAAUAUGUCGCAUAAGACAAUUUAAACACAUAUCAUGCAGCCGAAUGUAUCGAAAAACGCUACUGUCGAACUCAAUGUCAGCCAAUAGCCACAAGCCGCCAACACAAAUCGCUACGACAGAACGUUGUAAGCAAUAAGGCAUUCUAAGUUAGCUAUAAACCACAUGUUAGCAAUAAAGAAGACCGCUACGUCAAAACUUACAUGCCGUCAUACAUACUUAUAUAAAGGAAAACGGGUACACCGCUACGACUGAAUUCAAUAGUAUAUCAAUGAAGACAAGUCGCUACGGCAGAGCUUAACAUACAUGUUAGUUAAAAAGACACAUCAAAACAUCCGAAUUGUUUGUUAACUAUAAGGAAUAUCGCUACUGACAAACGUCCGCAUCAACCAUAAGGCUAACUGCUACAACAAAACACUAUGAUAGUCAUAAGCAGACUGCUACAUAGAAAUCUACGCAAGUCUAAAUGAUAAUCGCUUCUGCCAAAAUGUAUGUCAGGAAAAGGCAGCUUGCUAUGAAACAAAACUAUGUUGGGAAUAAGAAUGUGUGAUUCGACAGUCCUGUCUUGACAGAACUCUUCAAGAAAGUAAAAUUCAGGUUGCUAUGAGCGAACGCUUUGUAAACCAAAAGGCAGACCACCAGACAUGAAAUGUGUGUAAGCCAUACGUCAGCUUACUACGGCGAAACGUUGAGUCACAUCGCUACAAUUUGAUAUGAAUAUAAGCAUGUAUCCUGUCAAAUAAGAUUGUAUAGAAUAGCGUGCAAACUUACAUCACCAAUCCAAUAUCAUAUGUAACCUAUCAACAUUCCAAUGAAAGGCAUUUAAUACGUAGAACAUGUCACAUAAGGCGAUUUAAACACAUAUCAUGCAGACGAAUUUAAAGGGAAAACACUACUGCUGAACUCUGUGCAAGUCUUAUGCAGACCACAACGACAAAACUCAAUGUUAAGCCCUUAACAUUGCUAUGUAUAUCACUUGAUAUGACAGCGGAUUCUCAUAGGAAAAUGUCAUACACUUUGGUCUGUCAAUGAGACCAAUACUAUCACUGCUUUCCCCGAGAGAACGUUCAAAGACAUGACACUUGCUGCCACAAUAUGUGUCUUAAGAAUCGGUAGUGUGAUUAUCUUUUAUUCAAUUCUUGUUGGAGGCGAGAAAUCUACAUGUACGAUGUAUUUAAUACCGAUAGAAUAUAUCAACAAUUACCGUUAUGUGUAUUUCAGAAGGAGGUAUCGGCCCCCAUUAAAUCAGUCUACGUCAUCAAAAUCUACGUGAAACAGGUUUUGUUGCGUUUAUUUUGUAUGCUGCUUUCGUAUUCUUUUAUGACAAUUCCGCCCAUUUUCUGUUUGACUUAAUUGCUUACAUGAUUUUAUAAAAAGAAGAUGAGGCUGUUAUUUGUAGUAAAACUCCAGGGCGCUAUAUCGCAGCCUCCCAAAAGUAUUCAUUACAUAACACUUCAAUCUCGUGAUGAAAUUAAAGAUUUAAUGUGUCAUCGCCACGACUGACAACCUUGCAUUCCCCCUUCUGCAGAUGAAGAGAUAUACCGACAGGUAGUGUAGAAAUAAACAGUUGUGUCGUAUGGUUGAAUGUUUUGAGUGGUGUUAUUGUUUCAAUUAUUUAAGAAAUGGAUAUGCGCGUGCAAUCGAUCUGUAUGUGGUAGUAUAUAUUAUAUUUAGUGAAAAAAUAAUAAAUAACAUUUUAUC